AUGCAGCAAUAAUCAGCCAAUUAAUAAGAAUUAAAAUAAAUAUUUCAACUUUUCUCUUAAGAAAACUCAGAUGAAAUCAACAUUUAGUAGAUGAACUAAUUAAUCAAAGAAUUGGAAACCAUAAAUCAAGAUUAAUAAUAGAUUAGCGUACCAUAUUAACAUGGUAGAAAACUGGUCAAAAAAAUUAGUUCUACUGAUAAUUUUGAAGAAGUGCAAAAGGAUUCUUCCCCCAAAUCCCCAACCUACGUUUCAGUAACAGAAUUAAAAUAUUUCCCAAAUAAUAAAACUACAAUGCACUUUUCAGAUUUUCAGGAAUUAUACAAUGAAUGUAUGUCUAAUAAAGAUUAACAUGAUGAAUUACUUGAAAGUGCCUUCUCUGUCUUUGAUUUUGAUAAAAAUGGUACCAUCGAUUCAAAGAAAAUAAGGAAGGUCUUUUCAAAGUUUAAAGACAAUACCAGUGAAGAAGAAAUCUAAAAUGUUUUAAAAUUUUGUGGAGUACUUCAUGACUAAAUGUCUUUGUAGGAAUUUAAAGAGUUUUUUAAAAAGAAUCUAUGA